AUGGCGGACCAGUUGAACUUGAAUGCCACCUCCCCCUUUAAAAGCCCUCCGAAGUACUCCUUCACCCACAGCCCCGUGUUGGGGAAGGAUAAGCCAUCGAAGCAGCCAGGGCCCGGGGAGUAUCCACAGGUGAAGGCGGAGAAGGACAAGUGGAAAAAGACACCCUCUUGGAGCAUUGGAGCCUCCACCAGAGGAGGAAAGGAUUGGGCCCCGAUGCCGGGCCCAGGUGCUUACACUCCCAGCAAUCCCGACUUCGUCAGCCCGAAGUGGGGCUUCACCAAUGACAACAGGUUAAAGCCGAACAAGCGGUCGACCACGCCAGGCCCCGGACAGUAUGAGCUCAAGAGCACUCUGCAAGGCAGAGACGUCUCCAUUUGCAGCAAGCCGGAGAGCAAGGGCCUGACAGGCACCCUGCCCGGGCCGGGCGCCUUCACACCCAGCUGGACCACGACCUCCAACUAUGGGUCGGCGCCCAGCAUUGGCUUUGGUGCGUCCAACAGGGCCAAGAUGGUGGUGUCGAAGACACCUGGACCUGGGCAGUAUGAGAUCCCCACGACCUUGAUCGGACUCUUGUCGGCCUUAACAGAGGGCGGUUCGGGUGGGGCGGAGGCGGUUCGGGGCGGAGGGCGGAGGCAAUGUCACUAUGAAGAGCCCGAGCGCGUGCGCUGUCGCUUCGCCCGCUGGUGUGGUCUCCAGCAGUGGAGCGCGAUGGAUCUGCAGUCGAUCAUGGCUGCCAUGGCCGCAAGAGGCCUCGGCGGCGGGCGGCCAGUUCAGCAGGUGCCGCAGAUGGCGCAGAUGAUGCCCGCACCUUCGCCGCAGAUGGCCCAGGCGCUGGGAUUGCCCCAGAUGAUGGGCCAGGGUGCCAUGAUGAAGGGUCAGAUGGCACCCAGCAAGGGCAUGAUGCCAGGAGGCAAGAUGGGAGCCAUGGGAGUCAAGGGGGCCAAGGGCGGCAAUAAGGGCGAGAUGAUGAGUGCCGUGGCGGCCAUGAUGAAGGGGAAAGGCAAGGGCCAGGGGAAGUCUGUCACGCCGGUGAAAGGCAAGGGUAAGGUGGCAAACAAGAUUGCUGCAGGUGAACCUGCUUUUGUCGGGCGUGUGAGGACCUACAAUCUGGAGAAGAGCAAUGGCUUGAUCUCCUGCCCCGAAUGUUGGGCGCUUUGCGGUCAGGAAGUCUAUGUCUACAAGACCGUCCUGGAGUCCUGCGGCGCCACCGUGGGCGAUACCGUGGCCUUUAUGGUUCAUUGGAAUACACGGGGCCAGCCACAAGCCAGCGGAGCUCCGGAGAUUUUGCGCCUCUACAACGCACAAGGCGACAUGGCGCUGAAGGGCACCUUCAAGUGGGGUCCGGGCGAGCAGUUCGGCUUCAUCGAGAACGCCCAAGUCCAAGAGUUCUUCGGCCGAGAUACCUACGUCCGAAAGGAACUCGCAGACACCCUGAUGGAAAAUUCAACGGUGGCGUUCAACAUCAAGCUGAACAAGGAGUAUCAGCCAUGCGCGGCCGAAGCGAUGCUGUGCGACCCCACUUGGGAAGCUUUGCCCGGAGAUUUGUCCUUCUCACGGGACGAUCCGACGGUGCCACCACCUUGGGAGGCCCUGAAACAAAAGAACCAAACGGUCAAGAGCACACCCACAGGAGAAUUCUUCUCCGCUGUCAUCAAGGCCUACAAUGAGAAGAAUGGCUGGGGCUUCCUCACCUCCGAGGAGUUGCAAGCGAGGUUCGGUUGCGACGUCUUCAUGCAUAAGAAUGAGAUGAUGAACUGCCCGCACAAGGUGGCGGGUACCAUGGUGACCUUUGAGCUGGGCCUGACCGAGGACGGCAAGCCACAGGCACACAAUGUCCAAGGACCCGGUGCAGGUCUGGCAGUUGAACCGCCCACGAAGAGACAAAAGCUCGAGGACAUCAUGGCCCAGGGCGCUCUGGCCCCAGGCCCCGUCAACCUAUGA